AUGAAUAGUACGCUUGUGAGGACGGCUCAGACGGCUACAAUUAACGGCGUUUCUCUUCCUCUCUACAUAUCUAUUAUCAUUGUUUGUAUAAAAGAAUGGAAGCAUAACCAUAUGCAAAGGACAUUUUACUUACUUAUUCUCUCCCAGGGCUUUGUGGAUUUUGUGGUAAUGACAAACUACAUUCUAUUCUGGUCGCUACGCGUAUUGAAUUUGUUCGCAGAAUUCUAUUGGAAUUAUCAAAGCUACUUCAUAGCCACAUGGGCUUUUAAUCAGACCUACAUAUCAGUGAUUAUACGAUGCUUUGGUGUAUUGCUUAUAACAUUUCAGCGAUAUAUUUCUUUGUGCAGAAAUGGCAGCCGCAUUGAGCAGGUAGCUUGGAUUUUUAUCGUGACGACUUCUCCAAAACCCUUGCAAAUGAAACUGCAAUCUCAGGAUGGUCCAAUAUUCACUAUGAGGAUUGUGUUUCCUUUGGUCAGCUGUUUUUUCUCAUAUGUCAACGCAUGGAUGAUAUUAUUUUUCAACGAUGAUAUACGAACGAAAAUCUUUGUUCUCAUAGGAGUUCGGAAGCAAAAAGUAAAGGUGAACUAUGUAUAUAAGAUGUAA